AUGGCUUCCUUGUCAAUGAGCGAGGGGUGGACGCCGAAGCAGAACAAGCUGUUCGAGCAGGUGAUGGCGGUGCACGAGAGGGACACACCUGACCGCUGGCACAACAUCGCCAGGGCUAUCGGUGGCGGCAAGUCGGCGGACGACGUGAGGCGCUACUACGAGCUGCUCGUCCACGACGUUGCCCGUAUCGAGGUCGGCAAGGUGCUCUUCCCCGCCUACCGUCCCCCAUGUCCCGGCCCCGGCCACAACCCCAGCUAUGAAGCCGACAGGUACACUACACAGAUACACUACACGGAUGGAUUUAACGAAGAAGCAUGUGCAUAUAUGGUGCUUGGGGGUACCUUGUAG